AUGCUCUCACACCCGUCACGGUCACAUUCGCUGCAGUCACAGGCUCCACAGUCAUACUCGCCCAUUCUGGCGUUCCUGCUGCCGCAGCUGCUCCUGGCGCCGCAUGUGCUACACCCAACCCCACAUUCCCUCGGCCAGCCACAACAGCAGCAGCAGCAGCAGCAGCAGCAGCAGCAGCAGCAGCAGCAGCAGCAGAACCACCAGCACCAUCCGUAUCACCAUCUGUGGCAGCCGCACCGUCUGCCCCAUUCCAUCUCUGCCAUCAGCUUUCACGUUCAGCAAGUCUCGCGCCGACAUGGCCACACGUGGUGCCGCCACGUCAGCGCCAAGGUGGCAAAGCUGGUCGCCAGGUGUCUGCGAGUGAUUGGAGUGGAGGCGCAAGCGGUGCUGCUGGCUGCAGAGGGAGGAGGAGGAGGAGGAGGAGGAGGACAAACACUGGCUGAUCACCAUAAAAGGGAGAAAAGAGAAGCACGCGCAGCAGGAUUCUCUUUGCAGCCUCCCCUUCCUCCUCUUCCCCCUCUGCCUCCCUCAGCCCGUGCCACCAUCACAUGCCGCCUUCUCUCCCGCACGCUGCAGUGGCUGGGAGCAGUGCUGCACAAGGCCAUUCACAGCUCCAAAGAUUGUACAAGCAUCAGGGCUGCGUGUGAGUCGAGUAAGAGUGCACGUGCGGCAGCAGCAUCAGCAGGGGGUCCGGAGACUGUAGAAACGACUAAGGGAGGAGCAGAAGCAGGGCUGGAGACUGCUUCAGGAGGGAUGGAGAUUGCAGCAGGUGUAGUGGUGGAUGUGCUGUGCUGUGCCUUGGACGCUUGGUGGCAAGGACGGGUGGGGUCAGAGUGCUGGUGUUGCAGGGGUGGUGUGGAGGGUGGGGUGGAAGGGAGAAGAGGGGGAGAUCAGUUGGAGACGAGUGAGGAUGGGGGAGGGAGUGGGGAGGAGGGUGGCUGUGGUGUAGCAAAGGAGAGGGUGGAAGAGGAGGGGGGUGAGGAGAGGGAGGGGAGCGAGGGAGUGGAGGAGGAGGAUGAUGAGGAGGACGGGGAGGAGGAAGGAGAAGAGGAGGUUGAGGGGGAGGGAGAGGGGGGAGGAGUGGAGGAGGGAGUGGGGGAGGGUGAAGCAGAGAAGCUUCUUGGAAGCGGGGUGAUGGCAAGGAUGGCUGCUGAUGUGGUUCUGUCCUUGUGGACUACCCCUUCCUCCCGCCUUCAAGAUUACACAGCUGAUGUGGCACUUUCAACAGCCAAUCGCAGCUCUCGCUCUGAUUUCCGGCCUCUUCUGGACUUUGACGCGGUUCCUCUAUUCAAGCCGUCUCCUCUGCAGCCGCCAAGCCAUGGAAGCUAUUCCCCACAGUUCACCAGCACUACAGCAGGGCAUAGGGGGGAUGCGAGGAGGCGGCGCACCAAGUACAAGUCGCAGGGGAGAGGGCGGUCGCAGUAUGAGGUAUGGCGCACUAUCAUAGACACCAACAUGAAUGCAAUCGAGGAAGCAGGUGGCAUCGGCUGCCUAACUGCACCUCCUGAACCAUUUCCUGCCUCUGCUGCCCCUCCUUCCCAUCUCGCCACUCACUCUCCUCCCUCCACUCAUUCUCCCGGCUCCACCCACCUUCCUCCCUCCUCUCAUCCUCCCGGCUCCACCCACCCUCCUCCCUCCGCUCAUCCUCCUCCCUCCAACCACUUUCCACUGGCUGCUCGACGGUCAUCUCACCAGUCCCUUACUCCUGCCCCUGCUCAGAAUCACCUGGGAGCACAGGGCAUGGUGAGAGAGCGAGAGCGGACAGGAAGCGGGGAUGAACGUGGCAAGGAUGAAAGCAGGAUGGUGAAAGGACGGAGUAGAGACAGCGCAAGAGUAGGAGAGGAAAGGGUAGUGGAAGGGAAGGGACGGGAGGUGAAUCGCGAUAAGGAGGGGUUUGGGCUAGAGAGUGGGGAGCGAAAGGGGAGUAGGAGGCGGGCAGGGAGCAUGGAAACGAGUCAAGAAGAGGGUGAGGGGGAAGGAGAUGAUGCUGUGGUUGGAGAGAGGAAGGAGGGGAGGAGUGGAAGGCGGAAGUAUGAAGAAAUGAAGGAGCAUGGAGAGCAGGAGAAGCGGAAGAGAGGUGGAAGCGAAAGGAGGUCAUAUGCUGAAGAGGAGUUGAGAGCGAUUGGGAGGGGUGGAAGGGAAGGGAGUGGGGGAGAGAGGCGGCGUGAGUGGCUGGUUGACCAAUGGAGCGACAGAAGAAGGUAUUUAGGAAGGGUUGGUGAUGGGCGGGAUGGGGAGAAGGAUGGUGGAAGGGAUGAUGGGAGGGAUGGUGGGAGGGAUGGUGGGAGGGAUGAUGGGAGGGAUGGUGGGAGGGAUGGUGGGAGGAAUGGUGGGAGGGAUGGUGGGAGGGAUGGUGGGAGGGAUGGUGGGAGGGAUAGUGCACGAGAUCGUGGGAAUGGUGGGAGAUACAGUGGAAGGUAUGAUGAUGAGGUGCAUGGUAGAUGUGCAAUUGGACAUCACAGGUGGGAUUGGCAAGGUGGGCAAGGAAUGGAUCGGAGGAGUCGUGAAUUGCGUGGCAGGGAUGACACAGGGAGGCACAUGCACCGGGGGGUGAAAGGGGUUAGAGAAGCCAAGGUGGUGGGAAGAGAUAUGGAUCGGUGGGAACCAGUUGAGGAACAUAGUGUUCAAGGGGAAUGUGGGAGUGAGGGAAUGGGAGGAAGGGAGUGA